GUUUAGAAUUAUAUACUGAACUUUGUAAAUCUCAUUCAGGGAAUUUAUUGCGAUGAUGAAUGCUGGAGGGUUACAGCAAUGAAGUCUGACUGAGUGCCUCUCAUCUCACCGACCUCACCUCCGCACCGACCUCACCUCCGGCGAAGAAUAUGGAGAAAAAGCGUAGCUGGAGCUGGAGCUGGGGGUCCGCCCUAGUCGGAGCAGCGUCGGCGAUUGCAGCGACAGCGAUCGUUUCCGCCAAGCCCAAGGACCCAACCUUCCACCUUAUCUCAAUUAAGUUCACUUCCUUCAAGCUGAAGCCGCCGGUAGUUGACGCCGAGCUCAUCCUGACCGUCCACGUCACCAACCCCAACGUGGCCCCCAUCCACUACUCCUCUACCUCCAUGUCCAUUUUCUACGACGGCUCCCUCCUCGGCUCGGCCCAGGUCGACGCCGGUUCGCAGCAGGCCCGGUCCUGUCAGGUCCUCCGCCUCCCAGCCCGACUCGACGGCCUGAAGCUGGCCCACAACGGCAGCCGGUUCAUCUCCGACGUCAUGAAACGAGAAAUGGUUCUGGAUGCGAGUGUGGAUAUUGGGGGAAUUGCAAGAGUGCUUUGGUGGAGUCACAAGUUCAAGGUCCACGUGGACAGCCAUCUCAUCGUUGAUCCCGUCUUCCUCGAUGUGCUUGAUCAGGAAAACACUUCCCAACUUGAGCUGUUUCUUUCUUGAUAUUCCAUGGAGUUAUGGAAUUAAUUAUGUCUCUUUGUCUUGUGUUUUUCUUUAGCCGCAUUUAGGUGAAAUGAGUGUAAGAUUAUCAAUGCCCUUCCAUCUUAUUUAUAAUUGAA